UCCAAGGUCAUGGCAAAAUAUCCGAAGUUCAUUGCCAGGACUGUGAUGGUACAGGAAGGGAACGUGGAAGGUGCAUACAGGACCCUAAACAGAAUCCUCACCAUGGAUGGGCUCAUCCAGGACAUUAAGCGACGAUCGUACUAUGAAAAGCCUUGUCGCAGAAGACAAAAAGAAAGCUAUGAAACCUGCCAGCGUAUGUACAACAUGGAAAUGGCUCACAAGAUCAACUUCUUGUGA